CCAAAGUCGCUAAAAGUGUUGGAACACGAGUGGUUUGUUUUAAAAUCAGCUGCUGUGUACCUGUUUUAAGCAAAAUACAUUGGUCUUACUUUACUUCUUUAGCAAUGGCUUUAGUGGAAGCCCUUGUCGUGCAAUCUACAAUUACAGGCAUUUUGCUUGGUCUUGUGCUUCUGCUAAUUUUUUAUCUCCUUUCUUCUAAUGCCAGCUCUGAGCAGGAGAACAAGGAACCUCCAGGUCCUAAGCCACUGCCUGUUCUGGGAAACAUUCUGCAGCUGGACCUCAAGAGACCCUACCUGACUCUAUGGGAAAUGUCAAAAAAAUAUGGAUCAGUAUUCACUGUAUAUUUUGGGCCUAAGAAAGUUGUCGUAUUGGCAGGAUAUCAAACCGUUAAACAAGCCCUUGUAAAUAAUGCAGAGGAAUUUGGAAACAGAGAUAUCAGUCCCAUUUUCUCUGAAUUUAGCAAAGGACACGGAAUUCUAUUUAGCAAUGGAGAGAACUGGAGAGAAAUGAGACGAUUUUCUCUCGCCACUCUUCGAGACUUUGGAAUGGGCAAAAGAAGGAGUGAGGAGAAGAUCAUAGAAGAAGCACGCUAUUUGAGGGAAGUGUUGGAUGAUUUGCAUGGGAAACCAUUUGAUACUUCACAGCCAUUAAAUUAUGCCACCUCAAACGUCAUCUCGGCCAUUGUGUACGGAAGCAGGUUUCAAUACAGUGACCCUCAGUUCAAAGAGAUGGUUAACCGGACCAACGAGAACAUCAAGAUUAGUGGCUCACCUUCUGCACAGAUCUAUAAUAUGUUUCCAUGGCUUGGGUGCUGGCUAAAGGACUUGAAGCUUCUGAUGACAAACCGUGUUUAUAAUCUAAAACAAAUAGAGGACCUUGUGGCAAGCUUGGAGGAGACACUUAAUCUUGAAGAAACCAGAGGCUUGGUUGACACUUUUCUAAUACGCAAAAAGAAUGCAGAGAAAGCUGGAGAUAAAGAGACUUUGUUUAAUGAACAGAAUCUCUUAAUGACUGUAUCCAACCUGUUUGCUGCUGGUACUGACACCACUAGCACAACACUGCGCUGGUGCCUUCUGCUAAUGGCCAAGUAUCCUCAGAUUCAGGAUGGUGUCCAGGAAGAGAUCGACAGAGUCAUUGGACAUCGCCAGGCAGUGAUGGAGGACCGAAAGAAUUUGCCUUACACAGAUGCAGUGAUCCAUGAAACUCAGAGACUAGCUAACAUUGUACCUAUGAGUCUCCCCCACACCACUACUUGUGAUGUUGAAUUCCAGGGCUUCUUCAUCAAGAAGGGUACCUGUGUGUUUCCUCUCCUGGCAUCUGUGUUGAAGGAUGAGACUCAAUGGGAGAGCCCACUGACCUUUAACCCAGCACAUUUCCUAGAUGAGCAAGGCCAAUUCAUUAAGAGAGAUGCCUUCAUGCCUUUUUCUGCAGGGCGCAGGGUGUGUCUGGGAGAGAGUCUGGCCAGGAUGGAACUCUUCCUCUUCUUCACCUCCUUACUGCAGCACUUCCGCUUCACUCCUCCACCAGGGGUGUCUGAGGAUCAGCUGGACCUCACUCCAGCUGUGGGCUUCACAUUAAACCCCUCUCCCCACAAGCUGUGUGCAGUUAGCCGUGCAUCACACACAUACGCUUAAGACCCAAUUUACUAAAAGCCUAAAAUGUUCGUAAUUAUAUACAAAAUGUAUGUGUAAUAUGAAAACACUGGUUAAAUUUAUAUAUUUUUACAGGAUGCAGUGGAAAUUAAUGGUACAUAGUAGCUAUAUAGUUGUGUCACUGUAAAUGUAAUCAAUCUUUCUUGUAGACUAUUCCCCUAUUAAGUUUAUUUAUAAUUAUAAUUACCAACUGUAAUAUAAUUUCAACUUAGUUUUUGAAGACUUAGUCCUGAAUAGUUUGGACUCUUGUGAUAUCAAAGUAAUAACUACAACAAGGCAAUGAAAUGUUCAGUAAAAUAGAAUUUACAGAGAUACACAAAAUAAAAAAUACCAAUCAGUGAUUACCUUCUAAUCCUAAAGUCAAGGAUCAGAUUAAGAAAAGGUGUGAGUGAGCAGAAAGGAAUGUAUUAAUUAUUAAACAGAAAGCAUUGACUAGCGACAGUGUUAAUAAGCACAGAAUGAGCUAACAUUCUGUGACAUUCUAACAUUCAGAAGAAAGGAGAUUUGCAGUGUUUUUGAUUCCCUGUGUUUAAAACAAUGCUUAUACAAUCAGGUUGCAGCUUAAAAUUUUAAAAGAAAUUACAAAUAAAUGCUAUCUUUUAGUCUUUUAAAUGCUAACCCAGAUAUAGUCUUAUUUGAAAUUUAACGAAAGAGUGAGAGGAAUGCAGUUUGAGCCUUUGAAGCAUGUUUUUUUGAAUGAAUAACUACUGUAUGUGGCACUUAAAAGAGUUGCCGUCAUGCAGUGCAGUUUGUUCAGUGUUGAAAAUACAGAAAAUGCAUGCUAAGUCAGAAAAGCUGCAAUAAGCCAUAAACAUAAAUAAUAAAUAAAUAUUUUCCCAGGAAGUCUAAUGGAAACUGGCUGACCAUUCAAAAAAGAAGCAGGACUGGUCUGUUUUACACUGUAGUUGAGUCAGCUGCUCUUCCUGAGCUGCGGCAUUUUGGCGCUUAACAGAAAUAGUGUUGAAAGUGGACUGUGAACUUCUGCAAGUGGCAAGACAAACAAAACAACUUGCCUUAAAAAGGUAUAUUUAAAUAGUGAAAGGAAUUCAAGUAACAAAAUUAAAACACAACAAUUCACAGUAUUUUCAUUCACUAGUAUGCAAAUACUGCAGUUGAGAAUAAGAAUCACUCUGAUACUUGAUAUUGAUAUUUUCAGUGCAGUGGCUUGUUAUACAGGUAGUCCCUAAUUCAUCUCAUGGCUACUUUCAUUGCCCUAAAUUUGUUCCUCAGUUGAAGAGGCAGUAUGAUAUUAAAAGAAUUGUGAAGAUAUCCACCUCCUUUAAUUGUGUGCACUUGUUUUCAGUUCUAGCCUAUUGCUCAGCACUUUUAAACAGCACAUGUUAGGUGCUCUAGUGUAAAGAGUAAAACUAAAUUACACUAUGCUGGUCUCAUGCCAAUGCUUGGGUUAUGCCACUGGCAUGCCUGGACCUGAGACUGAAAUUUGCAGAAGUUCUGUCUCCUGACUUCAUAAAAGAUGCUGCUCUGCCUCUAAGGAUCACAGAGCAUGGUGCUCUGUCUUAUUGCUGUCAGAGGACGUUGCUUUACAUCCUGGAUCAACAGAGGAUGUCAGUCUGCUUCCUAUCCACACAGAGGACAUCACUCUCUUCUCUAACUUCUUGGAGUAUGUUACUCCCAUCAUCUAGUUUUGUGGAGGACAACCCCCUUUUUUUCAAAAGCAAGAGCAAAAAAAAACAAACACCCCCCCCCCCCAAAAAAAACCCAACCAAACAAACAAACAAAACAAACAAACAAAAAAAACCCUGGACAGUAGAGCAAAUUUUGUUUUUGAACAAAAAAACCCCCUAAAAAUCCUAAUGUGACACUUUUUUUUAUCAACAAUCCCAUACGCAUAAUUCAUCCAACACUCAUCAAACUUUUUUUCAAGCUCUUAUUUAAAAAAAGAAAGCACAUUGGACACAGGCAGUAAGUUUCUUAAAUUAUUUUAAUUUAACUAAAAUAAAAAAAAAAUUUAAUUUAAAAAAAAACAAAAAAAACAAACAAAUUUAAUGGUUACUGUAUUCUACAUCAGAGGUCAACAAUGUCUAAUGAAAUGUGGCUGUUAUAAAUAUCCUGACUUCCUAUUGUGUACUAUGCUGGCAAACUGGAUAAAAAAAGCAAACAUUUUUUCAAUCGGAUUGAAUAGUAAAUUUCACUGUUUCAGAAAGCUUUGUUUCCCAUUAUUUACAUAGCCAAUCAAAGGACAUACCAGAGUGGUAGUGUAAUGGAACGUUCAGAUCCGGAACACCAGAAGGAACCAUCACCCGAGUUUUGACAUCAUGAACUGACUUCCGGUGACUGGGUAUUUAAACAGCAAUCAGCCCUUUGUUCACUGCAAAGUAUCGUUCUCUCUGAGUGCAUACCAAGUGUUUUCAGAAGAUUGUCUAGAUAGAUUGUGUACGAUCCUUGCCUGUUUCCCUUUCGGCUUUGAGUUUCGGUUUUGCGAUUUGGUUUUGUUUCUAGAGUGUGUUGUUUGUCGGUUUUGACCCUUUUGCUUAUCCACACUUACUACGAGUAUUUCCUGCCGAUUUAUGAAUAAAGUUCUGCAUAUGGAUUCAGA